AUGGCAAUGACCUCGGUCAACUGCCCGCCCGCCUCGGCGCGGAUCAUGGGCGAGGACCAUGAGGACCUCAUGUGCCUGGACCUCGAGGAUGCCUCCUCCUACCAGGGCUACAGCUUUGGUGGCAAGAAGAGCAUCGCUGGAGAGCUGGUCUUCCAGACGGGCAUGGUCGGAUACCCAGAGUCGAUAACAGAUCCGUCCUACCGCGGCCAGAUCCUCGUCAUCACCUUUCCCCUGGUCGGCAACUAUGGUGUUCCCUCGCGAGAGACCAUGGACGCACUCCUCCGCGACCGUCCCGCCCAUUUCGAGUCCUCCGAAAUCCACAUCGCCGGUCUCAUCGUGUCGUCCUACGCCGGCGAAGACUACUCACACUUUCUCGCCACUUCAUCCCUGGGCACGUGGCUAAAGGAGCAGGGAGUGCCGGCUAUGUAUGGAGUCGAUACAAGAGCCCUGACCGAGCGGAUCAGACAGGAGGGUAGCAUGCUUGGCCGGAUGCUUCUACAGAAGGAAAAUUUGACCAACGGAGCCUUGACCAACGGAGCCUUGACCAAUGGAGCCUCCAAUGGUGUCAAUGGCAACACUACAAGACAUAUUCCCAAGAAAGAUUGGAAACCAUACUUCGAGUCUGUGGAAUGGGUGAACCCUAACACAAAGAAUCUCGUCGCAGAGGUUUCCAUCAAAGCGCCCCAGCUCUACAAACCAAACUCUGAAAAGACAGUGAAACAUCCUUCUGGGAGAACACUUCGUGUCCUGUGCCUUGAUGUGGGAAUGAAGAACAACCAGCUCCGAUGUUUCUUGAACAGGGGUGUCGAGGUCCUGGUCUGUCCUUGGAACCACGACUUCUCAAAGGGGGCUGGAGAGGACUACGACGGACUCUUCAUCUCAAACGGACCCGGUGACCCUGCGGUCAUGCGUGAACCCGUGAGGCACAUCGCCGAGGCUAUGAAGGCCAAUCGAACGCCCGUCUUUGGUAUCUGUCUUGGCCACCAACUUCUAGCCCAGGCCGCUGGUGCCAAAACCCAGAAGAUGAAGUUUGGUAAUCGCGGUGCCAAUAUCCCUUGCACGAGUAUGGUGACGGGCAAAUGUCACAUCACUUCCCAGAACCAUGGUUUCGCUGUGGAUGCGCAGAGUUUACCAUCUGAGUGGAAAGAAUUGUUUGUGAAUGCCAACGAUGGUAGCAACGAGGGCAUCAUGCACCACAGCAAGCCGUACUUCAGUGUGCAAUUCCACCCCGAGAGCACACCUGGUCCCCGCGAUACCGAGUACCUCUUCGACGUCUUCAUAAACACCAUGAGCAGUUGCGCCAAGGACAAGAGACUUCUUGAAGCGCCCGUUAGCUUUCCUGGCGGCGCCUAUGAAGAGAAUGAGAGGUUGCACCCGCGCGUCCAUGUCAAGAAGAUUCUCGUUCUUGGAAGUGGCGGUCUAAGCAUUGGACAGGCGGGCGAGUUCGACUACUCGGGCAGUCAAGCCAUCAAGGCUCUGAAGGAGGAGGGCAUCUAUACUGUUCUCAUCAACCCGAAUAUCGCAACAAUCCAGACUUCCAAGGGCUUGGCAGACAAGGUUUAUUUCCUUCCUGUCACAGCCGAGUUUGUGCGCAAAGUCAUUGUGCACGAAAGACCCGACGCGAUAUACGUCACUUUCGGCGGCCAGACUGCCUUGCAAGUUGGUAUCCAGCUCAAGGACGAGUUUGAGGAGCUUGGUGUCCAAGUUCUCGGUACUCCCAUCGACACCAUCAUCACGACGGAAGAUCGAGAGCUAUUUGCCAGAAGUAUGGACUCGAUAGGUGAGAAGUGCGCCAAGUCAGCCUCCGCCAGCAGUGUGGAUGAGGCCAUGCGUGUCGUUAAAGACAUCGGCUUUCCAGUUAUCGUCAGAGCUGCAUAUGCCCUGGGUGGUCUGGGCAGUGGUUUCGCUGACAACAACGAGGAACUUCUCGACCUCUGCAACAAGGCCCUAGCAGCGAGUCCCCAAAUCCUGAUCGAGAGAAGCAUGAAGGGUUGGAAGGAGAUCGAGUACGAAGUUGUACGAGAUGCUCAAGACAACUGCAUCACUGUCUGUAACAUGGAAAACUUCGAUCCCCUCGGUAUUCAUACGGGAGACUCAAUUGUUGUAGCGCCCUCGCAGACACUUUCCGACGAGGACUACAACAUGUUGCGAACGACGGCAGUCAAUGUCAUCCGCCACCUGGGUGUAGUUGGAGAGUGCAACAUUCAGUACGCUCUGAACCCCUUCUCGAGAGAGUACUGCAUCAUCGAGGUCAACGCAAGAUUGUCGCGAUCUUCUGCGCUGGCUUCAAAAGCAACCGGCUACCCGUUGGCCUUUAUUGCUGCCAAGCUGGGGUUGGGCAUACCGCUCAAGGAUAUCAAGAACUCGGUCACAAAGGUCACUUGCGCCUGCUUUGAGCCUUCUUUGGAUUACGUUGUUGUCAAGAUGCCCCGAUGGGAUUUGAAGAAGUUUACGCGAGUGUCCACCCAGCUCGGAUCCUCCAUGAAGAGUGUAGGCGAAGUCAUGAGCAUUGGUAGAAGCUUCGAGGAAGCAAUCCAGAAGGCGAUUCGGGCCAUCGAUUUCCACAACCUUGGCUUCAACGAGACCAAGGCCCUCAUGUCAAUUGACGACGAGUUGCAGACCCCAUCAGAUCAGCGCCUGUUUGCCAUUGCGAAUGCCAUGCAUGCUGGGUACUCUGUUGACCGAAUCUGGGAGCUUACCAAGAUCGACAAGUGGUUUCUGCACAAACUCAUGGGUCUGAACAACUUCGGCAAAAUGGUUUCCAAGUUCACCACCAGUCAGAUCUCUAAGCGUCCUGACCUUCUGCUUCAAGGAAAGCGACUCGGUUUCAGCGACGGCCAACUGGCAAAGUUCUGGGACUCCAAUGAGUUGGCGGUACGACGUAUGAGACGCGAGGCUGGAAUCACUCCAUUUGUCAAGCAGAUCGAUACCGUCGCUGCCGAGUUCCCCGCGUACACUAACUACCUCUACCUCACAUACAACGCGUCAGCUCAUGACAUUGACUUCAACGAUCAUGGUGUGAUGGUUCUUGGGUCAGGUGUUUACCGUAUCGGAUCCUCGGUCGAGUUCGACUGGUGUUCGGUCCGGGCUAUUCGCACGCUUCGAGAGUCGGGCUUCAAGACAAUUAUGGUGAAUUAUAAUCCCGAGACGGUUAGCACUGAUUACGACGAGGCGGACCGGCUCUACUUUGAGAAUAUCAACCAGGAGACGGUGCUCGAUAUCUACCAGAUGGAAAAUUCAAGUGGAGUUCUCGGUGCCAUGGGUGGUCAGACACCCAACAACAUCGCUCUGCCUCUGCUACGAUCCGGGGUCAGGGUCCUUGGAACGUCGCCCGAGAUGAUUGAUAGGGCUGAGAAUCGAUACAAGUUCUCCCGAAUGCUCGACGAGAUUGGUGUCGACCAGCCGACCUGGAAGGAGUUGACAAGCUUCGAAGAAGCCAAGGUUUUCUGCAACAAGGUAUCCUAUCCAGUACUGGUUCGGCCAUCGUAUGUGCUUUCUGGCGCAGCGAUGAACACGGUCUAUUCCGAGGCGGACCUCGAGCUAUUCCUUCAGCAAGCCGCCGAGGUUUCACGCGAGUACCCAGUGGUCAUCACGAAGUACAUCGAGAACGCUAAGGAGAUUGAGAUGGAUGCUGUCGCUAAAGACGGCACUGUGAUUGGCCACUUCAUCUCGGAGCACGUCGAGAACGCAGGUGUUCACUCUGGCGAUGCAACUCUCAUUCUACCACCCCAGGACCUUGAGCCUACUACGAUCAAGCGCAUCGAAGAAGCCACCAGGAAAAUUGGUGCGAAGCUCAAUGUCACGGGCCCCUUCAACAUCCAGUUCAUCGCCAAGGAUAAUGAUAUCAAGGUCAUUGAAUGUAACGUCCGAGCUUCACGAUCGUUCCCGUUCGUGUCCAAAGUCAUGGGAGUUGACCUCAUUGAGAUGGCGACCAAGGCGAUCAUGGGCGUGCCCUUCACCGAGUACCCACCUACCAGCAUUGCGCCAGGUUGUGUCGGAGUCAAAGUUCCCCAAUUCAGUUUCUCUCGUCUCUCUGGAGCUGAUCCUGUUCUUGGUGUGGAGAUGGCUUCUACUGGUGAAGUUGCUUGCUUUGGCAUGGACAAAUACGAGGCGUAUCUCAAGGCACUGAUGUCGACCGGCUUCAAGAUUCCGAAGAGCAACAUCCUCUUGUCCAUGGGAUCAUACAAGGACAAGAAGGAGAUGUUGCCAUCGGUCCAAAAGCUGCAGAAGAUGGGCUACAAGCUAUUUGCCACUGCGGGGACAGCCGACUUCCUCCAAGAACACGGUAUUCCUGUCCAGUUCUUGGAGGUACUCGGUAACGAGGAAGACGAUCAAAGGUCUGAGUUCUCAUUGACGCAGCAUCUUGCGAAGAACAUGAUCAACCUCUACAUCAAUCUCCCCUCGAGCAACAAGUACCGCAGACCGGCCAACUACAUGAGCAAAGGGUAUCAGACUCGGCGAAUGGCUGUGGACUACCAGGUCCCUUUGGUCACGAAUGUCAAAAACGCCAAGAUCCUCAUCGAGGCCAUCGCAAGACAUUUUGACCUUGAGGUCGGCAGCCGUGAUUUCCAGACUAGUCACCGUACCAUCAUCCUCCCUGGGUUGAUCAACAUCGCUGCAUUUGUGCCUGGUAUUGGUUGUCAGGGCAGCCAUGAUCUCCAGGCGGUCACGAAAGCAUCCAUCGCAUCCGGUUUCAGCAUGAUUCGUGUCAUGCCAAUGGGAAUUGAUGGCUCCAUCACCGAUGCCAGCACCCUGAAAAUCGCCCAGCAAAGCAGCAGACGUGGCGGGUUCUGCGACUACAACUUCUCCAUCUCGGCCACCUCCGAGAAUGCGGACCAGAUCAGCCAGGUCACAAGUGAGGUCGGGUCUCUAUUCAUCCCAUUCAAUCACCUGUCGGACAACAUCAGCAAGGUUGCCGCGGUCACUGCGCACUUCGACUCAUGGCCUGCACAUAAGCCAAUCGUUACAGAUGCGAAGACGACGGAUCUUGCGUCGAUUCUAUUGCUGGCUAGCCUUCACAACAGACGCAUUCACGUCACCAGUGUCACCACUAAAGAUGACAUUCGCCUGAUUGCUCUCAGCAAAGAAAAGGGCCUGAACGUGACAUGUGACGUGUCGAUCUACUCAUUGUAUCUAUCACGAAAGGACUAUCCCGAGUGCCAGUUCCUCCCCAAGCCCAGCGACCAGGAGGCCCUUUGGGAUUAUCUCAGCACUAUCGAUGUCUUCUCUGUUGGCAGUGUUCCGUUCCAACUCAGCCACGCCAUGCGUUCUGACUCGAAUCAGACUGCCAAAGAAGAUCCUGCAGUUGGUAUUGCCGAUGCUUUGCCUCUUCUUCUCACUUCUGUCGUCGAGGGCAAGUUGACGAUUGAUGAUAUCAAGGCUCGUCUCUACGACAACCCCAAACAGAUUUUUGAGCUUCAUGAGCAGGUGGGAACAUCUGUCGAAGUCGAGAUUGACCGUACUUACACUGUGCCAACCACGGCUGCGUGGUCUCCAUUCGCUGGCAAGGUCAUGCGUGGAGCUGUACAGAGAGUCACUUUUGGAGACAAGACCGUCUGUCUUGACGGUGAACUCCUUCCAAUUGAGCCUCUUGGCAAAGAUAUGUCCACGCAUGGUAGCAUGCCUGCGCCGAUGUCGCCUACUAUAAAGGCAGGACCCCAGACUACAACGUACCCUCUUGAAGCUUUGGCAGCGCGGCGACCGUCUACUAUGAGCAAGGCCAUGACUACGUCGCGGCUCAUGGACGGCGAACUCGAUGGUCUGCGACCUCUUUCGAAGCACGCUCCUACCAUGGAUGAUUUUGGUCUUCCAGGACCCACGCGCGGGCCAUUUGUCGACUCGCUACACGACCUUCUGAUGCAGCAAUCUGUGUUCAAGAACUCGCAUGUUCUCUCUGUCAAGGAGUAUUCGCGCUCUGAUCUCCAUCUCCUCUUCACCGUAGCCCAGGAGAUGCGCUUAGGUGUCGAUCGCGAGGGUGUUCUCAGUACACUCCGCGGCCGCGUGCUAUGCACACUGUUUUACGAGCCGUCCACCCGCACUUCGGCGUCAUUCGACGCCGCUAUGCAGCGUCUCGGUGGCAGGACCAUCGCUAUCAGCACGUCCCACUCGUCGGUACAGAAAGGCGAAACACUGCAAGACACGCUCAGGACACUUGAGUGUUACGGUGAUGCGGUGGUACUGCGCCACCCCGAGGAGUCAUCGGUCGACAUUGCGAAGAAGUACAGCAAGGUACCCAUCAUCAAUGGAGGCAACGGAAGCAAGGAGCACCCCACUCAAGCGUUCCUCGACCUCUUCACUAUUCGAGAAGAACUCGGUACCGUACAGGGACUGACCAUCACCUUCGUUGGUGACCUUCUCUACGGACGCCCAGUCCACUCGUUGGUCUACCUGCUGCGACAUUACCAAGUCCACGUUCAGCUGGUAGCACCCAAGGCACUUGCCCUUCCGGCGGAUGUUCGCAACUUGCUGAAGGAGUCCGGGCAAUUGCUGUGCGAGUCCGAGGAGCUCACUCCCGAGAUCCUCUCCAGGAGCGAUGUACUGUACUGCACACGAGUGCAGAAAGAGCGCUUCCCCAGCGCAGAGGACUUCGAGAAGGUGAAGAAUGCAUACCGCAUUGAUAAUGCUACGCUUAAGCACGCGAAGCAGCACACGCGGAUACUGCACCCUCUCCCCAGGAAUGAGGAGGUAGCGGAGGAGGUUGACUUCGACGAGCGCGCUGCCUACUUCAGACAGAUGAGAUACGGACUAUACUGCCGCAUGGCCCUGCUAGCUUUGGUCAUGUCGGGCUAG